UUUUUCAACGAUGGUUUCAAAAAUUACUGCCACAUUGGCAAUUGUAUUGAUUAUUGGUUUUAUCAAUAAAUCACAUGCUGAUGAUGAUGUUGAUGUAGACUAUACACCAGAAUUUGUUAAGGGGAAUGACAACCAUGGAGGUGUAUAUGGUAUUAAACUCCAUGAUAGAAACAAAAAAGAAGAUAAAAUGAAUGCUGGAAACUCAGUUAACAAAAACAAAUUGCGAUGUUAUGUCGGAACUGAGAUAAAUCCAAAAGGCGGAUUAAAAUUUUCAUUGGCAACAUUGAGUGAUUGUUAUAACAGCACAGAGACCAGCUGUGUGAAAACGACAGUUCUAGCCGGGAACACCGUUGUCACAAGAUCUUGUUCGUUUGUAUCUCACGAAGAAAAAUGUCAAACAAUUUAUUCAGAUGUUACUGGUGAAACGGAAACUUGCUAUUGUAAUGAUAAAGAUGGCUUUUAUUUCUUCACUCAUAUAAAAUAA